AUGCCUUCUGAAUCCGAAUCCCUGGCACUAAUCGUUCAAAUCUGGCAUAUUUUCUUCGGCGUCCUGGGCUCGAUUCUCAAUUUGUCUCUAGUGUUGUUGGCCAUAUUCAAGUCUCCCAAAAUCAUCCGCUUGUAUUCCACGUUCAUUGUCAACUUUGCCGUCACCGACCUGUUCGCCUGCCUCUUGGAUAUGUUUAUUGAGAUCAGGUAAACUGCCGAAACUGGUGUGGGUAUCGAAUUUUUUGAAAACAGACUGUUACCAUCGCCAAACGAGGCGACAAUGACUUACAUUCUGAACGGAUUUUGUACAAAUUUCGGGUUGACGACUUGCACAAUAGGGUAAGUGCCUUGAAAGUGACGUGAUUCACAGUCAAAGUUCAGCCUUAGUCUGUUUAUACAUACUUUGACUCACUCUUUAUGGUCCUUAUUCAUUUCAUUCGCCUAUCGAUAUUAUAUACUUUUCAAUCCGUCUUUGAAACGACGCCACCUACUUGUUGUUCUGUUAUUCUUCUACAUUCCUUCUUUUAUUCAAGCGGUGAGCCUCAAUUCAUAAUUCUUAUAAUCUCAAUGUCAUUUCUAAGGCUACCUACUGGACAAAUUUUGUCGAUACGCAGACGAUACUGCCGAUUGCCCAAAGAAUCUACCCCGAGUACAACUUUUCCGCUCAAAGCGGAAUGUUAACUGGCAUCACGAACUUGUUCUCAGCUAGUGCCCUCUUUGCCCUAUUGCACAUGACUCUUCCCGUCACUCCUGUCUACAUUACCAUAUUCAUUCUGCGUCGGAGAAUUAUCAAGACUUUGCUUACGAGUCACAAUUCCAUGUCGAAAGGAACGAAGGCCGUGCACGCGCAGUUGUUGAAGGUACAGCAGCAUUUUUGAGUGUUUUGUGGAGGAGCCUGGAGACUUUGAACUGCUUUCACCUUUUUCCACUAGAAAAACGGAAAAUCUUAUUUUCAGGCGCUUACAUGCCAGGCAGUAAUUCCAGUUGCUGCGUGGACAGCGGUCUACAUUUAUAUUGCUAGUCAGUUUCCCCUUUUCCUAGAGUUCUACGCCACUAUUGGUUUUUCAGUGCAAUUCGGCUUACUACGUGGCACUUUUUUCGAGUACAUGAUAUUUUCGACUGUAAUCUUCAUGCCCGUCCUCUCGCCAAUUACAUAUCUCGUAUUUGUUCGACCAUAUAGGCUUUUUUGCCUAGGGUAUGUUUACUACGUGCUCCAUUUCUUGGAAUUUUUAUAUUUUUGCAGGAUGUUAUGCAGGGAGUCGGCGGAUUCCGUUCAAGACAACAAAAAUCGAACUAG